AUGGCCUCGGCUCCUAGGAUUUGGAUAUUUUUACUCAGCCUCUUCCACGUCUUAGGGUACCAUUUAGCAUCAGCUGGGUAUUACUGUUACUAUUCUGGCUAUAGCGGAUACUACUGUUAUUACUACUACUCCUCCUACAGUGACGUAGGGACCAUUGCAGGUGCUAUCGUGGGAGGCAUAAUUUUCACAAUCAUCGUUGUUGUCGUUGUCAUUAUCAUCUGCUGUAAGAAGAAAAACCGACCAGGGCAGGUCAUUCAUAAUACAGCUGCAGUAAACACCGUGACUACAACUCAUUCUGGACAACCAGGAUAUGGACAACCAGGAUAUGGGCAGGGAGGAUAUGGACAGCCGCCACCGAGUUACGGACAACCACAGCCAGGAUUCAGUCAAUAUAACCAGUACCCACCUCCACCUGGCAAUAACCCCGCCUACCCCCCUCCACCACCACCUAAAUACUGACCAAUGAAAA